AAGGCUUUCAAGAAGGAACAAAACGAAUGCUAUGUUCCCAACUCCUGUGGCGAUUCUCAUUCCCCUGCCGCCGUUCUCCGCUGUUUAGCACCGUUCUCCGCCGCUUAUUCGCAACAUCGCCACCACUACAGAUGGGAAAGGCUUCAAACUCCGCUCCGAAGUCUUCUCUUGCAAUUGCUAAAGACGAUUCUUAUCUUCAAUCAGUCAUCCCUAAACGAAUCGAACUGUUUGAGUCCCUCAAAGCUCAACAGAUUGCGCAUCGCCAGUCAAUUUCCGGUGAUCCCAUCAAGGUUACGUUACCUGAUGGGACUGUGAAAGAGGGGAAGAAAUGGGAAACGACUCCUUUUGAUAUUGCCAAGGAGUUGUCGAAGAGCUUAGCGUCAAAUGCUUUGAUUUCUCAGGUGGAUGGAGUGCUUUGGGAUAUGUCAAGGCCCUUGGAAGGUGAUUGCCAACUAAAAAUAUUCACUUUCGACAGUGAUGAGGGUCGUGACACGUUUUGGCACUCGAGUGCUCAUAUUCUUGGGCAGGCUCUAGAAAUGACUUAUGGAUGCAAAUUGUGUAUUGGGCCAUGCACUACAAGAGGAGAGGGUUUCUACUAUGAUGGUUUCUAUGGUGAACUGGGCUUAAAUGAGGAUCACUUUGAUUCAAUUGUUUCUGGAGCAAAGAAAGCUGUUGCGGAAAAGCAACCUUUUGAGAGAAUUGAAGUUUCACGAAAGCAGGCUCUUGAGAUGUUUUCUGAUAACAAGUUUAAGGUUGAAAUCAUUAGUGACCUACCUGAAGACAAGACUAUCACAGUUUACAGGUGUGGUCCAUUAGUUGAUCUGUGCCGUGGACCGCAUAUACCAAAUACUGCUUUUGUCAAAGCAAUUGCUUGCUUAAAGGCUUCAGCAGCUUACUGGAGGGGAAACAAAGACCGCGAGAGCUUACAAAGAGUGUAUGGGAUAUCUUAUCCUGACCAAAAACGUCUAAAGGAAUAUAUUGCUCUGCUGGAAGAAGCCAAAAAAUAUGACCACAGAGAGCUGGGCAAAAAGCAGGAACUUUUCUUUUUCCAUCCUCUUAGCCCGGGAAGUUGUUUCUUUCUUCCUCAUGGUACUCGAAUAACUGAUAAGUUGAUGUCCUUUAUACGAACAGAGUAUCGCAAAAGAGGUUACCUGGAGGUUACCACACCAAAUAUGUUCAACAUGCAACUGUGGGAAACUUCAGGUCAUGCUGCGAACUACAAGGAGAACAUGUUUGUAUUUGACAUAGAAAAGCAAGAGUUCGGGCUUAAGCCAAUGAAUUGUCCAGGACAUUGCUUGAUAUUUGAUAACAGAGUUCGUUCUUACAGGGAACUUCCACUUCGCCUAGCUGACUUUGGAGUUUUGCAUCGCAAUGAAGCCAGUGGUGCACUGACCGGUUUGACUCGUGUUCGAAGAUUUCAGCAGGAUGAUGCUCAUAUUUUCUGCCGAGAAUCCCAGAUAAAAGAUGAAGUCAAGAGUGUUCUAGAAUUCAUCAAUUAUGCGUACGAUAUAUUUGGUUUCACCUUUGAACUGAAGCUAUCAACAAGGCCAGAGAAAUAUCUUGGAGAUCUGGAAACAUGGAAUAAAGCUGAAGGUGCACUUGCAGAUGCAUUGAAUGAAUUCGGGAAGCCAUGGCAGAUCAACGAAGCUGAUGGCGCAUUUUAUGGGCCAAAAAUUGAUAUAUCUGUUUCUGAUGCGAUGAAAAGAAAAUUUCAGCUUGCAACUUUACAGUUGGACUUCCAACUUCCUCAACGGUUCAAUUUAUCGUAUUCAGCAGAAGAUGAGUGUAAACGGGAAAGACCUGUUAUGAUACACAGAGCUAUCCUAGGGUCGGUUGAGCGUAUGUUUGCUAUACUUUUGGAGCAUUAUAAGGGAAAAUGGCCAUUUUGGCUUAGUCCCCGUCAAGCAAUUGUUUGCCCUGUGUCUGACAAAUCCCAAGUCUAUGGACAACAGGUAAAGGACCAGAUCGAUGAAGCUGGUUAUUAUGUUGAUAUUGAUACAUCCGAUAGAACAAUCCAGAAAAAGGUUCGGGAAGCUCAAUUGGCUCAGUACAACUACAUAUUGGUUGUCGGUGAAGAGGAAGCCAACACCGGAAAGGUAAGUGUCCGUGUGAGAGACAAGCAAGAACAUUCGGUGAAAACCAUUCCGGACCUUCUAAAACAUUUCAAGGAAGAAGUUGAAGCUUUUCAUUAGCAAUGCCCUCAAUCUUCAUAUCCAUUAAAUUAGAAGCUUGAAUUCUAGUUUUUCAAGAACAAAAUGUAUGACACAAUCUUAAUCU